AUGCUUGAUGAAUGGUGUGGUGAGGAUGUAGAACUCAUCAGUUGUGACCUUGUUGGCUUCUUGUUUGCAUUGGAAAGUGGUGGAGAUGAGGCGGUGCACAUAGCGAAUGGCUGGAUGGUGAUUCUAGACACCUUUGACCUUGAAGGCAAGAAUGGUUCAUUGGCAAAGUGUGUCCAAUCAGCAAAGGCAGCUUGUUUCCUCUUUGAGUUCUCCUUGAAGUCAUGUGCUGUCUCAUUGGGAAGUCCAAAGAGUUGGCAUAGAGCUGAGAUGAGAUGCGCCCAUUGGCAUCGCCUAUCUUGA